AUGGUGAACCCCGCCAGCCUCGCUAUCGGGGAUGGCGUGGUCGGUCCCAUCAAAAUCAACGGCGAACUGGCAGCGCGCAAGGUGUCGUUCAAGGGCUACCAGCUGACUGUGCUGGCGCUGCAGAACGACGAGAUCGUGGGCAAGGGCAUCCUUGAAUCUGGGAGCCCCUUCGAGGCUGACACGCUCGCCUACAUGAUGGACUUCAUCAAGCCAGGGUCAACUGUGGUGGAUGCUGGUUGCAACUUUGGCUCUUACUCGGUGUUCUUUGCGGCAAAAACGGGGCCUGGUGGUGCGUUGCACUGCUUUGAGCCCCAGCGCAAGAUGGCUCAGCUGGCCAACGCCAACGCCGUCGCCAACGGGCUGACACCCAUAAUGACGGUCCACAACAAGGCUUUGUCCUUUGCAGCGGGCAGCGUGGAAAUGGCUGCCAAGCUUCCUGAUGGCAGCCACAAGGACCAGUCUAUGGCGGAAGUCGAGGCUCAGCACGGUGGCAUCAACUAUGGCGGCUUGGCGCUGGGCAAGGGUGGGGAGCAUACUUCGGCCAUCACACUGGACUCCCUCGGGCUUCAAAACGUGUCCUUCAUAAAGGUGGAUGUCCAGGGGGCUGAGCAGCUCAUGCUGUACGGCGCUCAGGUGCUGAGUUUUGACAUGGCCGCCUUCUUCAAGGGCCUGGGCUACGCGGAAACCCGCAAUGCCGGAGAGGUCAUCCAGCAGCCGCCAGGCAUGGUGCAGGCUCUGGCCCCACCACACCGCAAGCUUCUGCUGGGGUGA